UAACAGAACAACGGUGUGUCGUCUCGUUGUUAUCAUCAAUAUGGCUAUAGUGGAAGAACCCAUCUUUUCAAGAUUGGACCGUAUUGAUUUCAUGGUGAGGAAGCUAGAGGUAAUAAAAGGAAGUUCGAGUCCAUCGACUCCAUCGAGUGGCAGGACUCAACCAUCUUCACUAGAUAUGUUUUCACCGAGGAGAAGCAUAGGGAAACUACAGAGCCGUUCGAUGGAGCAAGUGAUGGAGGAGACUGAGCGUAAGGGAACGUUGCUAGAGAGACUAAACAAUGUGGAGGAGCAAGUUAUUAAGCUUUGUGCACACUAUGAGGAAGAGAUUAAGGAGGAUAAGUUGAUGGAGAAGGAGAAGAAGACAAAGAAGAAGAAAGGGUUGAGGAAACUGGUUGAUAAAGUUGUUGGACCCUCUUCUCCAAUUAAUAAACAUUCCAAGGGCUUUCAUUGCUGAGCUAUUUUACUCUUAUUACAUAUCCAUCAUCGAUGUUUGUUUCAAACCAUGUGU